UCAAGUUUUCCCUUGAGCAAAACACACCGCCAGCUUGUGCACUGCAGAAAAUGCACUAAUUAUUUUAAUCCAGUUUCUAGUUCAAGUCUCUCAGUUCACUUGAGAACGACGAGAUGUUAAAGUUCCUCUUUAUGCAGAUGACAGCGCAGAUCAGUGUCCGUGUUGUGAUUGGACAGAUCGGUGUCCCUCCUGUGAUUGGUGGCUUCCUGUCCAGCAGGAAGUUGUGAACAGAGUUUAAAAGCUGCUGCAAGAGUGCAGACAUUCACAGGAAGCUGGACCAGCAAUGGCUCUGCUGAAGGUUCAUCUGCUGCUGCUGCUGCUGCUGGGGCUGGGUGUUUCCGUGAACUCAGUUGUUUCUCUACAGAAGAGAAUCAUUGGAGGUCAUGACUGCGAUGACAAGGAGCGUCUUUAUCAUGUUCGACUGGAGAGCAGCGACGGACAGAAAAGGCCCAGCUGUGGAGCAUCUCUGAUCCACCCUCAGUGGAUCUUGACUGCAGCUCACUGCUGGGAGUCGGAGACAGGGUGGUAUAACAUAGCAAGGUUAAAAGUUCAUCCACGGACUGUUACACAGCAGAAUCAGAUAAUCCGAGAGCCUCCUGUGAUCUAUGGCCAGAACCACGACAUCAUGUUGCUGAAGCUUCGGAGAGAAGUAACAGAUGUCCCACCUGUUCGGCUUCCAAAUUGCAACAAUCGUCUUAAAAUAGGCGAUACAGUUCAGCUGGCAGGAGAGGGAGGAACGAUAACCGGCCCCAAUAAUCUGCGAAUAAACAGGCCAGUUUCACCACGUCUUCAGUGUGUCGACAUGAAGGUUGUUGAUGUUUCCUACAUCGAGCCGACAUGUGGCCAUGUUUUUGAUACUGAAGCACCAAACAGGGACGCUUGUCUUGGUGACUCUGGUUCAGGAGUGAUCUUCAACGACAUGAUUUAUGGUGUCAUUUCUCAAGGUGGCCUAGACUACGCAUGCCAGAGUCCAACAGCUAUCAUGGAUGUGUGUGAAUACAUGGGCUGGAUAAAACAAACAAUUGGGCUUAAAUAAAACAAAAACUAUCAUGAAAUAAAAUUCUCAUUAAAUUUCCUCUCAGAUAUAAUUUUAUAGCCGUGUCUUCAUCAGUUUGUCUCACAGGUUUGUAGAAUGAGGAUGAAUGAAUAGUUCUGGGUUGUUUUUUUUUUCACCUGACCUUGACCUCCCUAAUGGAGCUUUCUCUUUCUCAGAAAUGGAAAAUAAAAAAUGCUAUUAAAAGUAGCAUUUUUUAUUUUUUAUUUAUUAAAAAUGCUAUUUUUAAUAGCAUUUUUUUAAUAGCAUUUUUAAAAGACUCUUUCAUGUUGAUGACAGGUGUUAUAUCACAUUUGACAGUCUUAGCCACACCUCUUCAAAUAAAGUGUCAUCAAAUAUA